ACUGCAGUGUCCCGUAGAAGAGCCGAUGAUCCGCUGUGCAGCAGUCUGUCGCCACAUCAUGCUGCUCUCCUUCGCGGUGUUUUCACUCUUUCUGUGUCCGUCGAGGAGCUCCAGGCUGUGCUCUCACUGUGCCAGUGUUAUGAACACUCAGACCUGAUGGAUUGCCAUGCCAGGGGCUUCGAGGACGUCCCUCACGGUCUUCCUCACGGGACCUGGCUCCUGGAUUUGGGAGGAAACAGACUCACGGUGAUCCGCAGUCGAGCUUUUGCUGGUCUGUGGUCUUUGCGUAUUCUAGUGCUUUCGGACAGCAACAUCCAGACUCUUCAAUCACAGGCUUUCUUCUCGCUAUCCUUUCUGGAGAAGCUGGACAUGAGUCAUAACAACCUCACCCCAGAUCCCCCGAACUUCUCAGAGAGCCUGUCCUCCCUCCGUGAGCUGCGGCUGGACCACAAUGCACUGCUGCUGCUGAAACCUCCAGGCCUGGAACAUCUGGAGAACCUGGCGAAGCUGGACCUUAGCCACAAUCACAUCCAGUCUCUGGAACCCGGCUCUUUUCGAGGCCUGUCCCGUCUACGGCACCUUUACCUCCAAGGUAACCAUCUAGACGUCGUUCGGGACAGAUCCCUCACCAUGCCCGCUCUAGAAGUCCUGCAGCUGGGGAACAACAACAUUUCUCGCAUUGAGGUAAAUGCACUCGCACCCUUACACAGUCUCUCGCUUUUGGGUUUGGAAGGAAUCAACUGGAGCACCUGAAUUUUAAGACGUUUUUGAGUUGCGCACACGGCCGCUAACGCACCUGCAAUUUUGUCUGGGAACCCGUGGAGCUGCGACUGCGAACUGCACCGUGUUUUCAGCAAGCUGCUCAGUGUUCGACAUCUCCACGUUGACGACUAUCAUAAUGUAACUUGUCGGGAGCCAUGGCAGCUGGCCGGAGCCUCUUUGGCCUGGGUGGACAGUCAGCUGUGCGUGGCCGAGACGGUCACUGUGCUGGUCAUCACCGCUACUGUCAUUGUGACCGUCUUUGGUGCUUUGAUCAUGGCUGAGAGAAAACGUAAGAAGAGAAAGCUGAGCGUUAAACCACUGGAGUUUAAGCAGAUUUGUGUGCAGAUUUUUCUGUGCAGAGAAAGUGAAGUAAUCCAGGUCAGCGAGUGUUUGUGGCCAUAUGGAGCUCUCACUGACAGCAUCAGAUUACCCUGA